UCCCUUCUUUAUGAGAAGUCCAAGCCAUAGCCAUAUUAUUUCAAAGUUUGUGUGCCCACAUUCAACAAAUCUAUUACUUUUGAGCCUUUUUCUUAAGAUCUGUCCUUGAAUUAUUCUUUCUUGGGGUUUCAAGAACAAUCUUGAUCUUUCGACAUCCAGUUCUAUUGAUGCAAUAACAAUGCCGGCUGAUGAGAAUAAGGAGCCCAAACCCAUCCCUCUUUGGCUUGAUAAAGUGAAGGGUACUCUACCUCGUCGAGAAGAUGAAUUAGCCAAGGCUAUAAAAAAGAACAUUGGAAGGAAGAAUACGACCGAAAGCAAACCAACUAAAAAUGCCAGUAGUUCCAAGAAUACUUGCAUAUGCGCUCCAACAAAACACGAGGGCUCGUUUAGGUGCCACCUCCAUCGAACAAGCUUGGUAGCACAAAAUACAAACAAGUCAAACUUGAAUGCCAAGAAUGGUCAUCAUGAUGUGGUUGAAAAACACGCAAGGCUAUCAAGAUUCGGCAGGGCUGCCUCUGCAAGAAAUUGCCAUGGAAACCUUUCUUUUGUUGGAGCAUAAGCAUGGCAGCUGGAUCAAGCAUUCAAGGUUGCUGCAAUGUGAAAGAAGAAGAAGCUCAAAAAUGUCUAAGUGUUGUUCUUAGCUAAGUUUAUAUAUGUGUAAUAAACGGUCAAGAUUAUAUCAUUCAAUGGUGUAUAACUUGACACGUGUCCAGUUUGUUAUAUGUUAAGUGAAUCCAUGUGAGUUGCACAUAAUCAUAGUCGCUUUAGUGGAUUGGCAACGGCUAUUUAGCUGGUUUGUAGCCGAGUUUCAUGGAUCGAAUCCAAUGUAGAUUCGAGGAGCAACGUACUCCUUCUUCCCCAAA